AUGGCAAUCGUGAUCUCGCAGGAGGCUUUCGACUCCAUGGUCCGGGAGAACAUGGAGGACCUCGGCAUGGACCCCGAUGAGGCCCUCGCUGACGCCGUUGAGGCGCUCACCCUCCUGGGAGCCGAUCUCUCAGGGAUCAUUAAGCGCGUGCUGGGAGAGGCCACCACAACGGAGGUGAGCCCGGUGGUGUGGGUUCUGGACGAACUGAAGGCCUCUCACAACACUAGCGUCGAUGAGUUGCGUGGCAUGUGCUGCUCCGAUGAGAUUUUAGAGAAUGCAGCGAUCGCGGUACGGAAUGGCAUCGUGGAGGCGCUCGUCGCCCUGUGCGCGUCCGCUCGGGUUCAGCAGGAGAGGCUGCUUGUAUCGGCCUUGAAGACGCUGAGCUCCAUGCUCCGUGGUAUGACAUUGGUGUCCUUGCAGUCUUUACUUUUUCUUGAUCUUGCACUGCAAACUGGUGCUGAGAAAGGUCUUGUCCACUCUCAAUUAUACCCUGUCAUAGACAACCUCCAUUCUCUUCUUACUUCAGGAAAUAUUCAAUCUGCAGAUGUGGCAAGCAUUGAAAAGUUCAGACAAAGUGAGGGACCCAAAAUUGUCAUGGAUCUCUUGAAAGGAGGCUCAGAAAAUUCAGAUUUAUUGGAUGCUGGAUUUAGUGUUGUGGCAGCGGGUUCUGUUGGCAAUGAAGUUGUGAAAGAGUCCUUUAUGGACCUGAAGGUUGAUGAACUCAUUCUACGGGUUAUGAAGGACAAAUCAAAAGCUAAUGUGCAAAGCUUGUACGAUGCCAUACGUGUUCUGUUGACACCUGAUGACAACCGAAUGGUGGCUUCUCAGGUGUGUCCUAUAUUCACAGUUUUAGUGUUUCACAUUGGCAGCUGCACCAGUUUCUAUGCUAAUUGCUAA